AGGUCUGGUGGAGAUCUGCUUGAUGCAUCCCCUCGACGUGGUGAAGACGAGGUUCCAGAUCCAAAGAGGAACCAGUGACCCGAACAGCUACAAGAGCCUGGGCGACUGCUUCCGGACGAUCAUCCGCAGUGAAGGAGUCUUCGGCUUCUACAAGGGAAUUUUACCUCCGAUUCUGGCAGAGACGCCCAAGAGAGCAGUCAAGUUUUUCACCUUUGAGCAGUACAAGAAGCUGCUGAAUCUGACCCCUUUGUCUCCUGCCGUGGCGCUGUCUGCAGCAGGCCUCGGUGCAGGCUUGACUGAAGCUGUUGUCGUCAACCCGUUCGAAGUGGUGAAAGUCAGUCUCCAGGCCAACAGAGAUUCCUUCAAAGAGCAACCCUCCUCAUUUGCCCAAGCGAGACGCAUAAUUAAGUCAGACGGCUUCGGAUUGAACGGCCUGAACAAGGGAUUAACAUCAACGCUGGGACGCCACGGAGUUUUCAACAUGAUCUACUUUGGCUUCUACUUCAAUGUCAAGGAUGCUAUUCCGACCAACCCGGACCCCACCCUUGAGUUUCUGAGGAAGUUUGCCAUCGGCCUCGUGUCGGGGACCAUCUCCUCCUGCGUGAACAUUCCCUUCGACGUCGCCAAGAGCCGCAUCCAAGGCCCACAGCCGGUGCCCGGGGAGAUCAAGUACCGCACCUGCUUCCAGACCAUGGCGCUGGUGUACCGCGAGGAAGGGUACUUGGCACUGUACAAGGGGUUGGUCCCCAAGAUAAUGAGACUUGGACCAGGUGGAGCAGUGAUGCUGCUGGUCUAUGAAUACGUGUCUGGAUGGCUGCAGAGAAACUGGUAACAGAACCAAAGAGAAGGAAACCCACAUUAGUGCCUUAUGAGUUGUGCCUCAUUGCCAGUAUUGUUAACUGACCACAUCAGACCAAAAUGCAACAUACCAAAUCAGCAUUACAAUAUUUCUUAGAUCGCAGGGAAGAAGGACGUCAUCACUAAGCCAUCUUCUCAGGAAUUAAGAACAGCUGCGAUAUGUGAAGAGUGACAAAUACAUUUCUAAUAGAAAGCAGGUUUUUAACAGUAAGUCUUAAAGUCCCCCGAAAGCCUGUUUUCUCAGUGAGCUGCUUGCACUGAAGUCCAACAUGAACACUAUUGUCUUACAAAUUUAAAUUGGUUUGGGUUGUCUCAAAUGAGAUAUUUAUGGGUUAUCUUCUGUUUGUUUUUCCUGUGUGGUCUUCUCACUGGUUUGAAGUGGGCAGUGCUCAUUUGGAGAAACAAGAAGUCGCAUAUUUUUGUGCUUCAGUUGGAGUACAGCAAAUUCUGGGGAUGUCGAUAGUGACUCAAAUCUGAUCAACCCACAUUUAAUCAAUAUCAACUCAAUAAAUAGUUAGUGUUACAUCAAAAUAGUUACAUUUCUAUAGAAGAUAAAAUAAACGUAAAGGGAAUUUUCAGGGGUUUAACGGUUAAAAUGACAGAAGAAUGGAGUGCAGGGUGAGUUUACAUGACAAUGAAAAACAUCAGUACUUGAACACACACCAAAUGAAGACGAGUCUCUUUGUAGACAAACGUGGCUCUGCUGGAUCAUCCAUCAAACUCCAUCUUUGCAGAAGCUGUUCAUAAAAUCAGCUACAGCUCACACACUCACAGCAACUGCAGAGUGAUGCAUCUGUGUAUUCGUACGCAUACAUACACGCCUGUAUGUAUUAGUAAUUAACCCUCUGAACCCCAAGCAGUUUCUCAGCGAUCUUUGCUCCUGUUGCAUUUUUUUCUCACUGUGGUCUCAUUUUUCACUGCAGUGUAAAGUCCUGCACCUCCAUGGAGGCGGUGCAAACAUUUCUAGAAGUAGAGGGAACUGAAAAAUGUCCUUUUUACAGUAUGACAAACAUAUGAUGGCACAAAUCAUAAAAAAAAGAAAAAAUGAAAGUUACAUUUCUUUGAUUACUCGUUUUACAAAAAAAUUUUAAAUCCUAGAAUCGACAACAUUUUUCCUACAGGUGUGACCAAUACUAGAAAAAAAUGCUCUCCAUAUACUAAAGAUAUUUUAAAUUUCUUUUUACACUUUUAAACUUAAGCUCCUCUCUGCUCUGUGUAAACACAGCCUGCAGUUCAGCCGAGUCCACCUGAAAACUCUCAGUUUUUGUGACUGUUGGUUGCAGCAGAGGUAACAACGGCUUCUCUGUUGCACCACUGAGCACAGAUUAUUUUGUUUUUAACAGAAUGCGAUUAUAGCAAACACAUUUUUUUUCCCAAAUGAGGCUUUUAAAUUUCUCUCAGUCCUGCUCGCGGGUUUGAAGGUUCAGAGGGUUAAUCUGUGGCCAAAUUGUUAAACUAAACGCCAUUUUUACAUCAUUUUCUUUGACAUAAUUAACAUCUAUGAGGCUAGUAAACCAAAAAUAUCUGCAGACCUGAAGUAGUACAUGAAGUAUAUAUUAGGUUAAAAAAAAAUUAGCAGGGAAAUUUGCAAAACAGACGCUUAAGCAAGUUACAAUUUGAGAUUAUCUUUUGUAUGGAAAGAUUUAUUGAUAUCAGAUAUGUGAGCUACGAUAAAUUUAGAGACAAAACAGCCGAGUGCGCUGGCCGUAGAAAAUCAUAAAUACACUCACUGCAACACAUUGUCCUCAACAUUGACAUUAUAUACAUACUACAUAUACAUCUUUGUAUAUGACACGGAUUCAUGAAAGCAAAUAUAAAACUGUGAUCACGCCAGCAGUGCCGAUUUUAACAGUGUCUCCAGCAAACACUAGCGAUUUAUUAAGAAUUCCAGCAGUGAUGUUGUCGAGCAACGUUUUUAACGAAUAUCUUUUUGCCUGAUAUGUCAUGAAUUUUAUAUCCUUACUUUUUAAGCUUCUCAUUGUGUUAAUUUCACUUUUAAACUCAUUUUAAAAACUGAGCUUUUUUUUUUGGAAGACUGCUUGUACGUAUUGGUAACAAAUAAAAAGGAAAAAUGACCAACCUCA